GUGUAACGGAUGGCGGAAGUGACGUCGGGCGGGGCGGAGCGCCCGGCAGAUUUGAAAAGGAAGCGUCAGGCGUCGCGCGAGCCCCCGCGGGGCAGGAGAGCGGCAGGAUGGACCUGACCUUUCCCCGCUACGGCCCCAACGACCUCCUCACGCAUCUCCGCAACCAGGUGCUGGCCGGCGCCGAGGCCAAGAACCUCGUCAAGAGCGACCUGUUCCCCAGCCCCAAGCCUGAAGUAUUGCACAUGAUUUUCAUGAGAGUCCUGCAGAACGUAUAUGGGAUUCGUCUUGAGCACUUCUACAUGAUGCCAGUCACUGUUGAAAUAAUAUAUCCACAGAUUUUGGAAGGCUUCCUACCUGUUUGUAAUCUGUACAUUCAUAUGGGGCGUUUUCUUCCCAUCUGUCGUGUUAAUGACUUUCAGAUCGCUGAUAUCAUAAAUCCAAAAGCAAAGCGGACAGCUCGCUUCCUCAGUGCUAUUCUCAACUUCAUUCACUUCCAAGGAUCGUGUCGUAAUGCCUACCUGGAAUUACAAUGGACAUACAAAUCAACUAUGGAAAAAAUACAGCAGUUGCAAACAGCAAAUCAACAGGCAGCAAUGAAGCUGGAGAAACUUGACACCAUUCCUGCAGAGCAGCAGGCAGAGUUCAAGCAACUGUCUGAUGACAUUCAGGAACUGCGGCAACUGCUAAAUACUGAGUAUUGUCGAAAAACGACAGCUUUGCAAGAAGUAACCUCCCAAAAAAAAUCAGAAGUUUCGGAGAGAACCCGAAGUCUCAAUGAGCUAAAAGUGACGAUAGCUACAUUAAAAGAAGAACAAGAGCAGCUGAAAUCGCAAAUCGUAGAGUCUCCAGAGGAACUGAAGAAUUACAAAGAACAUAUGAAAGAGACUGUUCAGAAACUAAAGAAAGCUAAGCAAGAUAUCAUUGAGAAGUAUGAAAGUUAUCGAGACUUAGUUGAGAUUCUGCCAUCAUGUCAGUUGGAGGUGCAGUUAUACCAGAAGAGAAUGCAAAGCCAAGGAGAAAAUGUGGACAGAAUGGCCAGCAUCUUAUCAGAGGUCAGAAAUCUGGAGGACCAGAUUGAGUGUGCUCAGAGAGAGCUGAAGAAUGCCAAAACAGAUGAAAUGUCCUUAAAAAGACUAGUUACUGCUAAACAUGAGAAGUUGUCUACAACUGGAAUAAGGAUAAAGAAGAAACAUGAAGAUGUUGAGCAAUAUAAGCGCACAGUAUUUGAGCAUUGUAACAGAGUGCAGGAAAAGAGAGGGGCUGUUUAUGAGAAGGUGACAGCAAUUCACAAGGAAAUCAAGCAAAUAAGAUCCAAAGUUCAGCAGCUGAAUGAGAACACUGAAAAUGAAAAAAUGAAAGCUCAGGAGAUCUACUUGAACCUGAGGGCUGGCUUGGAGAAGUACCAUGAAUCUUUGGCAAAGAUAGCAGAAAACUAUGCAACCUCAAGAGAUGCAAAAAUUGCUGAACUAAAGAGGGGACUGCUUAGUGUUCAGACUUCUUUAACUAGCUCUUAGACUUGCUUUCCUUUGUUCUGCUUUUAUUAUAUUUAUCCUCAGGUCCCAAUCUGAAAGAUUGCAUUUUGUGUGGGAGGGAUAAUUACUCAAGGCAAAAAAUCUGUUUCUCACAAAAUCCAUCAGUACACAUUUAGUGUUACAGGUAAACCCUCAGUGUCAGCUGAUUAUUGUGGGUGCAAGAGGGCUUAGCCAGCCUGCUGACACUUAUUUUUUUGUCAAUUCUGAUUCUUCCGAUGGCAAAACUCGCCUGUGGCUUGCUGUUGGCUCUUAGAAUAACUGUUUUUUUUCCAGAUGUUGAUGCAUCUCAACAUGAAGUGCAUCCUCAGAUCUCAGUUUUGCUACAUUUGAGCUAUACUGAACAGAAUCCGAAUGCCCCGUAUUCUGUCUGAUCCAGUGAUCAUAGUGGAACAGUAAUUUUUUCUUGUAUGACCUCUGGUUUGCCUGGUCUCUGAGAAACCCUCAGAGGAAAACUUCCUACUUGGGGAACCAUACAAUUUUAUUUAGUGGUGUCCCUCCGGAACCUUGAAUUCAAGGUCCUUGCUUUGUGUGGUAUUGAACAUUCAUUUGUUUCUACAGGAUGAGUCAAUAUUUUGGUGAACACU